GUGGGACGGAGCUUGGCCCCGCCCCUCAGCUGCCGGACGGGGCGGCGGGGCUGUGUUGGGCGCGGGGGCUGCUGGGUAAUCCGACUCGGCUGAGGGAGAGACAGAGACAGGGAGGGAGGGGAAGGGAAGGGAAGGAGGAGGAGGCCGAAGACGCGGGGCUGGCUUCUCUCCCUCGGGGUCGUCGCGUCCUGUCCGAGGCAUGGCGCGGCGGGGCAGGCGCGGGUGGCCUUCCUCCUCUUCCUCCCCCUUCUUCUCCGCCGCCUCGCCUUCUUCCCACUCGCGGUGAUCGGCCCUGGAGGCCCGCCACCGCCGCCGGCCCUUCUUCUUCCUCGUCCUCCUCUUCCUCCUCCUCGUCGUCGUCUUCCCCUCAGUGGCGGCCACCGGGAAAUGGUCGGGGCGUAGCAGCAGAGCAGCAAGCGGAGGGAACCUAGAAACAGCAAAGCUGACAGCAUGCUACGGUGGAUGGACACGAAGGAGGAUCUGUUGGGGACAGAAAGAAAGAAAAAUGAGCAACAUGAACCGUGAAGACCGGAAUGCGCUGCGUAUCAAAGAAAGAGAAAGGCGUAAUCAGGAAAUUCAGCAGGGCGAAGAAGCUUUUCCACCUAAUUCUCCUCUCUUUGCUGAACCAUAUAAAGUUACCAGCAAAGAAGAUAAAUUGUCCAGUCGUAUCCAAAGCAUGCUUGGAAACUAUGAUGAAAUGACAGAUCUUAUAGGUGACCGGUCUCUCCAAAAACGUUGCGGAAUGCCCAAGCCAACAGUAUCAUCAACAGCAGAUGAAAAAUCAAACCAAAGUUUCUUUGGUGACCAGAGACAUAGUGGUGGUUCUCAUCAGAGCAGCAAAUGGACACCUGUGGGUCCUGCACCUAGCACUUCUUCUCAGUCACAGAAGCGGUCCUCGGGCCUGCCAGGUGGACAUGGUAGUCAGCGCAGCAGUGGCAAUAGCACUAGCAAUAGUGGUCAGAGACACGAUCGUGACUCAUAUGGCAGCAGUGGGAGCAGCAGUAGCCACAAAAAAGCCCAGCAUGGGUCAGAACACUCAAAGUCCCGUUCUUCCAGCCCUGGAAAACCAUCUUCUGUUUCUUCUUUGAAUCCCAGCCAUUCCAGAUCUCAUGGAGGUGAUCAUCACAGCAAGGAACAUCAGCGUUCUAAAUCUCCACGAGAUCCUGAUGCCAACUGGGAUUCACCUUCUCGUGUGCAUUCGUUUUCCAGUGGUAACCAGUCUUUCCCUCCUUCACUCAUGUCAAAAUCUAACACAAUGUUGCAGAAGCCGACUGCUUAUGUGAGGCCUAUGGAUGGCCAGGAAUCCAUGGAACCAAAGCUAUCUUCUGAACACUACAGUAGCCAGACUCACAGCAACAAUAUGAAUGAGCUGAAGCCCAGUAGCAAAGCACAUCUCACAAAGCUGAAAAUUCCUUCCCAGCCACUUGAUGCAUCAGCAUCUGGUGACAUGAACAGUGUGGAUGAAAUUCUAAAAGAAAUGACCCAUAUUUGGCCACCUCCAUUGACAGCUAUUCAUACACCUUGCAAAACAGAACCUUCAAAGUUUCCAUUCCCAACCAAGGACACACAGCAGUCUAAUUUUGGCACCGGAGAACAAAAGAGAUACAAUCCUUCAUCAAAAACAUCUAAUGGACAUCAGUCUAAAUCAUGCGAGGCAAACCAGACCGAUGUUCUGAUAAAUGACUUGAAACUUAGCAGCAGUGAAGACAGUGAUGGUGAACAGGACUCUGAUAAGACAGUUCCAAGAAGUACACCUGGAAGUACUUCUGAACCAUCACAGCAUGCAAGUGAAGGGGCAGACAACUCUAGGGAUGACUCAAGCAGCCAUAGUGGGUCUGAGAGUAGUUCUGGCUCUGAUUCGGAAAGUGAAAGUAGUUCAAGUGACAGUGAAGCCAAUGAACCAUCACAGAGUGCAUCCCCUGAGCCUGAGCCACCUCCUACAAACAAGUGGCAGCUUGACAACUGGCUGAAUAAGGUGAAUCCCCACAAAGUGUCUCCAGCUUCCUCUGUGGACAGUAACAUCCCAUCAACACAAGGCUACAAAAAAGAGGGUAGAGACUCAAGUGCCGGGGGUGGGUAUGCCGAUCAAAGUGGUUCUAAAGACUCAAUUUCUUCCAUUUCUGGGAGAGAUUCAAAAACUAGCCAGAAAGGUUCAGAGAGCAACCGUGGCAGACAAAAGUCACCUGCUCAGAGUGAAAGCAUGACACAGAGGAGGACUGUAGGUAAAAAGCAACCCAAAAAGACAGAAAAACCAUCUGUGGAAGAGCCUAGAGGAGGGCUGAAAAUAGAAAGUGAAACCCCAAUGGAAAUGACAACAAGUAUACCCUCAAACAGGCACAAGGCUGCCACAAAAGGCUCCAGAAAGCCAAAUAUAAAGAAGGAGCCCAAAUCCUCCCCUCGGCCUACAACAGAGAAAAAGAAAUGCAAGGUUGCGAGCAAGUCCACUCAGAAAUCUAAGGAAUUCAUUGAAACUGACACCUCAUCCUCUGACUCUGAUGAGAAUGAGAGCCUCCCUCCUUCAUCACAAACCCCCAAAUAUUCUGAGAGCAAUAGGACUCCUGUUAAGCCCUCCAUGGAGGAGGAUGACAGCUUUUUGAGGCAAAGAAUGUUCUCUCCUAUGGAAGAGAAGGAACUCCUAUCUCCGCUCAGUGAUCCUGAUGAAAGGUAUCCCCUUAUUGUGAAGAUUGACCUGAGUCUGUUAACUAGAAUACCAGGGAAGCCUUACAAAGACACAGACCCUUCAAAAGCUGAGAGGAAAAAUGUGUCCGAGAAGCACCCAAGGGAGCCUCAGAAAACAUCUUCUGCUGAGAAAAGUUCCAAUAAGGGCAAGAGGAAACAUAAGCUAUGUCAGAAUGCAGAAGAAAGCCGAGGCACUGAAAGCAAGAAAAGUAAAAUAGAAGAAAAGCCUGCUUCUGUGCACAAAACUUCCAGUAAUAGAGAGUCAUCUAAACAGAGUGCUGUUAAAGAGAAGGAUCUUCUCCCAUCUCCAGCCAGCACACCAGUCACCCAAAAAGAUUCAAAGCAAGAGCAUGGGUCUCGCAAGAGAACGGUCAGUCAGUCAUCUUCUUUGAAAUCAAGCAGUAACAGUAAUAAGGAGAGCAACAACAGCAGUAAAGGUAGCUCAUCUAAACAAAAGAAGACUGAAGGGAAGACUUCAAGUAAUACUAAAGAAUCAAAGGAAAAGGCUUUAAAUAAUUCUUCCAGCUGCCCUUCUGCCUCUACCACAACUGCAGAUAGUUCAAAGUCUCGCAGAGCAAAGAUGGUAUUUGAUGACAGAACAUAUUCAGCAGAUCACUACUUACAACAGGCAAAGAAGUUGAAGCAUAAUGCUGAUGCAUUGUCUGACAGAUUUGAGAAAGCUGUGUACUACCUUGAUGCCGUGGUGUCGUUCAUUGAGUGUGGGAAUGCAUUGGAGAAAAAUGCUCAGGAAUCAAAGUCCCCAUUCCCCAUGUAUUCCGAAACUGUGGAGUUGAUCAAGUACACUAUGAAACUGAAGAAUUACUCUGCACCAGAUGCAACAUCUGCAGACAAAAGGCUAGCAGUACUAUGUCUUAGAUGCCAGUCCCUGUUGUACUUAAGACUUUUCAAACUGAAGAAAGAAAGUGCAUUAAAAUAUUCCAAGACACUAACUGAACAUUUGAAGAAUUCCUACAAUAAUUCUCAAGCCCCAUCACCUGGUAUAGGAAGCAAACCUGUCAGCAUGCCAUCUCCAGUCUCCCCAAAGUUAUCUCCAGGAAAUUCAGGAAAUUACUCUUCAGGGUCAACCAACCCUUCAGGGAGCACAUCUUCAGUAACUAUUCCACAGAGGAUACACCAGAUGGCAGCCAGUUAUGUUCAAGUUACUUCCAAUUUCCUGUAUGCCACUGAAAUUUGGGACCAAGCUGAUCAGCUUGCAAGAGAGCAAAAGGAGUUCUUCACUGAGCUGGAUAAAGUUAUGGGCCCUCUGAUCUUUAAUGCAAGUGUCAUGACAGACCUAGUGCGUUACACCAGACAGGGACUACAUUGGUUGCGCUUGGAUGCCAAGUGAUGAAAGAAAGAACUGAAGACACAUAAUAGAAGACAACUUUUCUUGCUGCCUCUGAUUUUUUUCAACACUGUGUCAUAAAAAAUAAGGAAGUCUGCCAUAAUGCAUUGCUUAGUGAACGCUCAAGAUUGAGGAAGGCUUUCAUACGUCUCCCAGCAUCAUGUAUGUGAGAACCUCCAAAUCAUCAUGUUAAUGAACCUUUUUUUUCAGUUGCCCCAUUUUUAAGAUAUUUAAGAAUAGUUUAAACUCUGCAAUGUUUUAAUGUAAGAUGGAUUCAUUAAGCUGCAAUUGGGUUGGAAAUCUAGUAAUUAUGUCUAAAAAAUCUUUUUUAAAAAAUUAUUUAUUUCAAUUUGUUUUUGUUUUUUCAAACUCUAUUUUGGGUCUGUUUUAAGAUUUAGAUGUUUUUCCUAUAAAUUUUACCCGAUCAAGUUCUUAGCGAAUAUUAAAUGUAGACACUUUAUUUGU